AUGUCUUUGAAGCUACACUCUUUGAUAGCAAUUCUACUGGUCGUUGUUCAAACUAGUGCCAGACCAUCGGCAAUACCUAGCGCAGAAGCACCUAACGAUGUGAUGAACAAAUUGAAGAGCGUCUUCAGAGUUGGUCAAGGCAUUAUGGUAUACAACACAGGAGUAUCAAGCGAAGAACUUGAGGAUGAUGAAAUCGUUUGCGCUGAACGUAGAGCUGGAAAAUCCUAUUGCAAGGAGGUUGAAAACUAUAUAGAGGCGACACGUCUAGACAAAAUCGACCCGGAGCAAUUCGCUAAAUUCCAAGAAUAUUUCAAAGAUGAUUUAGAACAAAAACAGAUGGUGGAAACUCGUAUGGAGAUCGAGAAACCCUGUAGUACUAAGACUAAAAUGAUCUAUCCCGAGGGUGCUAUGUCAGAAGAUUCCACAUGGUUAUUGGUGGUGCAACAUGAGCAACAUAAACAAGGUGUUUUAGUAGAGGAGUGCGAAAUUGAAGAGCGACCCACCGAGGAGAAUAGUACUUUGCCGCUGGAUAAUAUGCCGCAAUGUAAACAGAAUUUCAACUAUCGCAAAUUGGUUGUCUUGGUGAAUGGUGUGAUGAAAGAGAAAAUGGUUAAAUUGCCAAGUAACUGCUCUGCUUGA